CAGCCAUGUUAGACUAGACGGGAAGCGCAGAGGAAGAGGGUUCCUGCCGGGAGCCACUCAUUGUUAUUCGUUUAGACGGUUACCGUACCGCGCCCGCCGCUUAUCUGUGGCUGGCUUAGGAUGCUCGAGGCCCGCGCGCGGCGGGCGGACUAACAUUUGUUUAUCGUGGGAACGUUACAAUGCCUUUCCCAGCAGGAUCCCCUGGAUCUCAACAGCAGAAAAACUAUGGAAUAACAUCUCCUAUUAGUUUAGCUGUACCCAAGGACACUGAUUGCACACUUACCCAAAAGUUAAUUGAAACUUUGAAACCUUUUGGUGUCUUUGAGGAGGAAGAGGAAUUGCAGCGUAGAAUUUUAAUUUUGGGGAAACUAAACAAUCUAGUGAAAGAAUGGAUACGAGAAAUUAGUGAAAUCAAGAAUCUUCCACAGGCUGUCAUUGAAAAUGUUGGAGGAAAAAUCUUUACGUUUGGUUCGUAUAGAUUGGGAGUUCAUACUAAAGGUGCUGAUAUUGAUGCCCUGUGUGUUGCUCCAAGACACGUUGACAGAAGUGACUUUUUUUCAUCUUUUUACGAGAAGCUGAAACAGCAAGAAGAAGUGAAAGACUUGCGGUCAGUGGAGGAAGCCUUUGUUCCUGUUAUUAAACUGUGUUUUGAUGGGAUAGAGAUUGAUAUUUUAUUUGCAAGACUUGCACUGCAGACCAUUCCAGAAGAUUUGGACCUUCGAGACGAUAGUCUGCUAAAAAACUUAGACAUUCGAUGUAUUCGGAGUCUUAAUGGUUGCAGAGUAACUGAUGAAAUCCUCCACUUAGUACCAAACAUUGAUAAUUUCAGGUUAACUCUGAGAGCGAUCAAGCUAUGGGCUAAGCGUCAUAACAUCUAUUCAAAUAUAUUAGGCUUCCUUGGAGGUGUUUCCUGGGCUAUGUUAGUUGCGAGGACCUGUCAGCUGUAUCCAAAUGCUAUAGCAUCAACUCUUGUACAUAAAUUUUUCUUGGUGUUUUCAAAAUGGGAGUGGCCUAAUCCUGUGCUGUUAAAGCAGCCUGAAGAAUGCAAUCUUAACCUACCAGUGUGGGAUCCAAGGGUUAAUCCCAGUGAUAGGUACCAUCUCAUGCCUAUCAUUACACCAGCCUAUCCACAACAGAAUUCUACUUACAAUGUAUCAGUGUCUACACGCAUGGUCAUGGUUGAGGAGUUCAAAAAAGGCCUUUCUAUUACAGAUGAAAUCUUGCUGGGUAAAGCUGAAUGGUCCAAACUUUUUGAAGCUCCUAACUUCUUUCAGAAGUACAAGCAUUAUAUUCUUCUCCUUGCAAGUGCACCAACAGAAAAGCAAAGACUUGAAUGGGUUGGGUUAGUGGAAUCAAAAAUCCGCAUCCUUGUUGGAAGCCUGGAGAAGAAUGAAUUUAUUACACUUGCUCAUGUGAACCCUCAGUCAUUCCCUGCUCCUGGUGAGAAUCCAGAAAAGGAAGAAUUCCGUACAAUGUGGGUCAUUGGAUUAGUGUUCAAAAAGAUGGAAAAUUCAGAGAAUCUUAGUGUUGACCUUACUUUUGACAUUCAGUCUUUUACCGAUACAGGUUCUUUGAAUGAAAGCAUUCCUGAAAGUGCCACACAGUCGGCUGUUUCGCCAACGUCAAGGCCCAUAGUGUCACGAGUUGUGUCGUCUACUCGUGUGCUAAACCAAGUUCAAAAACCACCCUCAAACACAUCAACAAAAUUGCCAAGUCCAGCAGCAGGAGUGAAACGGACAACAACUCCACCGAAUGAUGAAAGUCCGAAGAAGCUCAAAACAGAAGAGGAUGAACAGGAUUCUUCUGCAGCUGAAAUGGAUGAACCAAACAAAUUUGAAAUAGAAGAUUUAAAGGAACCUGAUGUUGAAGCGAAAUCGGCAUCUCCUGUACCAGGUGCACUGCCAUCUCAGCGAUCGUCCAGUACGGACCUGUCUGAUAUAUCGGUCCUUCCUGCCAAUCCUAUUCCUGUUAUCAAGAAUUCUAUAAAGCUGAGACUAAAUCGGUAAAAAAAAAAUAAAAAAAAAAUAAAUAAAACCACCUCAGGGUCCAUAAACACUAUCCAUCAAGUCAACUGUUGUCUUUAUACUACAAUGCAAGAGAAAUGAAGAAUGCAAGAGUUAUACACGACUAACAAUGUUUAGGUUAAUUUUGUGAAGCUGUCUUUUUGGGCUGUAACCAAGACGUUUUUGGAAGUCCAGGUUAGUAUGUUGAAACUGAUGAACUGUAAAUAAGUUGCCAGCAGUUGCAUUAUGAUAUUAAGAGCUCCAGUUGCUUUGAAGAGAAUAAAUGAAAAUCUAUUUAAAAAAAGAAAAGGAAAAAAAACGAAUUGUAUAGUUUCCAAACAUUCUAGCAGAAUUAUGGUUGAUGUAUCAUUACGAAAUUUAAAAUACAACUGGCCUAAAAUCUUUCGGCUGAUGCACUUUUAUGUUUCUUUCUUUUAACUGCAGUAAAUAUAAAUUUUAGAUGGCUUUCUUUUUAAUUUUUCAUUGGUUUGUUUUAAUAGUUUUGUUCAUGCCCCAGCCCUAAGGAUAUGAGUCUAGGGUAAAUAAAAGUUAAACCGUUGCUAUCUCAUGUUUAAGUGGCCGCAGGAUGUAUUUUAAUUUAAUAUCUGAGUAAGCCAUUUUUCGGUUUCUUUAUAUGGAGAAAUUUUUAUGGAGUAUAAAAACCAGUGACCAUAUUGUAAGAAAAAUGGUCUUGUAACAGAAAAAAAAACCUUCAUCUUUCCACAUAUCUGAAAAUAUACAAAAAAACUCAACUUUGAUUUUUUUAUUUUUUUUUUCAAUAGCCUUUAAAUAAUUCUGCAAUAAUAGUGACGUGUUAAUCUAUUAGUGGUCCCCGUGUUAGGAAUUUGUCACAUUGGAAAUUUGGCCAUUAAUAUGAAUCUACAACCAUGUAUUUCUUGUAGUAUUUAUUUGUUUGAAAAAGGUCUCGUUCAUGUCCACCUUUCCAGGGUUUCUUUUGUUUUUAAUUCCUUUUUUUCAAAUGCUAGUACAUAAGACUGGUUAUUGUAUUGCAUAACAUAUGCCUCUCUGUCAAAAUAACUCCCCAUCACCUGGUGAAGCAAAAACUAAAUGCUGAAGAUCUCAUCUGUCAUUUUUGUUUGCAGCAAGGGUUGCUAUAGCGAAUGGUGUGUAUGUACAUAAUAAAAUGGGGAGAAUUGACAUCUUCAAGAACUUUUACUUUUUUUUUUUUUUGGUGCAAAACGGGGUAUAUACAUCUUCCCUUUUAACAACCUAAGGUUUACUUAAAGCAUGUUUUCAUUAAUUCCAUCUCACAUGCAUGUUCAUCCUUCAGUUGUGUUUUUAAAGCAUCUAUUUGGGUUUAUAUUUUUCUUUCUGUAUAAGUCUAAAGUACUUUUGCAGAGUAUGAUUCAUAGUAAUUUUUAUGUAACUCACACAUGUGUAGCAAUUAGUCUCACCAACAAACACAUUCUUAGAAAUCAUUUUUAUUUUUUUUGUAUUUUUCUGCUCCCUUAAUUGCCAAGUUACACAAAGUUACCCGUUUUUUUUAUUUGUGUGUAUUUUAUGUAAUUAAGCAACUUAGAGAGACCUUGGCAGACACAGAUUUGGUCUUGUCCUUUGACACAUUAGUCCCUCAGCACUCCCCUCUCCCUUUAAUUUCUACCUACCUGUUAACAAUUUAUUUUUAUUUUUUUUGUGAUUAAAACUUCACCCCGUUUUUAGUGAUUUUUUUUUUUUAAAACUAGUUUUCAUUACCUGAGGGUAAGACUGUUGCUUACGCAUGAUGUACGUAUUGUCUCAUGACUGGAGUUUGCUUUGUUUUAUAGUAUAUGUACUCCUUGUAUUUUUCAAGAGCUAUUUUGUAAACAGAUGAUGUAUUUCUCCAUUGGAAAAAAAAAACAAAAAACAAUAAAAAACAGCACAAUC